AAACAAUAUUAUUGUUUUUUUUUUUAAUAUUUUAUUAUUUUUAUCACAGUAUAGUCAGUAUAUACACAGAUUAAAGGUCGUAGACCUAUUAUGUAGUUUUAGAUUUAGAUGUUUUACUGGGUUUUAGUUUAAUUUUUUUACGAAUCUUCUUUCUUGUUUUUUUUAUAAAAGUAUAAUCUUAAUUUUUGAAAAUUAUCUGUGUCUGUACAUUUUUUUUAGUAAUUGUAUUGUUUAUUUUUAUUAUUAUUUUCAUGGAUUAAUUUGUUCAUGUAAUGCUGACAUAUCAAUAAUUAUGGAAAUUUGUUAAAUACCAUUAUGUAACGGUUCAAUGCAAUACCUAUCUGAUCUGCAUGUCAAAUUUAAUUUGGAGUCGAAGAUUAACAACUACACUGUAUGUACAAAUGUAUAAGACCAUUUUAAAUUAUGCCGGUGCCAAAUGAAAAAAUAGAGACAAAUCGUCAUAAAAAACAAAGACGAUGGUCACUAAUUGGAAUUUUAUCAAAAAAAAAGAAAUUGAAAAAAAGUCAAGAGAGUGUGGACUUUUGCCCGUAUGAUGGGAAAAUAAAUCAAAAAGUAGCACGCAACGACCACUUAGAACGUUCUACUGACUGUAUUAUCGAGCAAUACACUUGUAGUCCCAGACUAAUAAGAAGAUGUAAUUCAUUACAGUACACAAAUCAUAUGUCCACGUAUGAAGAUAUUAACAACCAAUCUACUAGAAACGAAUGGAAAACAUCACAACAAUCCGUGUAUAGUUCUAGUUCAAGUGCUUGUUAUAGUGAUAUCGGUGUGUAUAGAAGUUGCGGAAAUAGUAACCAAUCAUCACAUUAUAUUAAAGAAAAAAACGAGCAGACAUCUUCAGUUUUAAAUAAUGCACCGUUACGGUGUUCAUCUGAAAUCGGAUACUAUCAUUAUAAAACUAAUUAUAGUAAAAAACAUCCUACAUUUUCUGUAAACUCAAACAAAUUAAUUGGAAAGAAAAUUCCACCUCCUCCACCUCCCAGAGAUCCAAAUAUUACAACGGUUUAUUAUUUUAGAGAUAAUAGGCUCAUGUCACGAGAACCAGAUUCGUCGUACUUUUCACAGGGUUCUUAUGAUAAUAUUCCGGAUAAAGGCAAGACUCGCGUCAAUGAGACGGAAUAUCGAAAUGAAUAUUGUACUAAAGAACCACCGAGAAGUAGACGACCUAUUCAAAUCUGUGAUGUUGAGACCUUGUCGACAGAAUCAAAAAAUUCAUUACCAAAAAUGCAAACCGUUGAAGAAUCUCUUCAAGAACUGGAAGACAUGUAUAACAGUUUAGGAUUAAGUGACGAAGAUCUACUUGACAGAGCGGAACGGCGCGACCUUCCUACAGUACAUCAAAAUAUGCGAUACCAGAGUUUUGACGAAUUAGACUGUUUAACUGUUAAAAGAGUUUUGCCCAAAGUCCGACGGUCAGGCGUACCAGAUAUUAUAUCCGAUGAUAUGGCUUACAGAAGGCUGAAUAAAAAAGAAUCAAAACGGCAAAGUUUUGUUCCAGGAAGUUUUCUCUUAGUUCUACCGACAGUUUAUAAUCUCGAUAAAAUACCUAAACCAUCGUCCGGUGAACCUGAUAUAACACUCGAUGACGUUGUUUUCAGGAACCAACGACAACAUCUCAACUUCCUAAAGAUUUCUGAUCCGCAACCGCCGUUUGGAAUACCUCUGGGACCUAUCGUGGGUGCCGCUCCCACUGAUUAUUUGCAUGCAGUACCUGAAGGCCGAUAUAAACCUUCGUUUCACCCUAGAAAAAUACCGGACACUGUCGAAGACGAUUUGGCAUUUCGGUCUCUUAGAAAAGACCAUAAGUUUAAAACUUGUAUUGAUUUUUCGUUCAUUCAUAGAAAUAGAUUUAGAAUUGAUGACCUAAUUCCAAAACUGGAUAAUAAUAGAAUAAAAAACGAUACACAUUGGAUUAUAAAAAAGAGACCAUCUGAUUACAAAUGUAAUGAAAAAAACCAAGUAAAACUUUUAUACGACGAUUUGGUCAAUUCUAUCACAGCUGAUAACCAACAAAACUUGAUGGUAGUCAAAAUAAAUCAUCAUAAACCAAUUAUGCUGACAGGAUUUACUUUUAGCGAAGCCAAUCAAUUAAGUAAGUCUCUUUUUUGCACGAACUUAUUACAGCAUGAACCUCAUAAAUUAUGUUUAACGAAUGACACUUGUAUUACAAACGAUGCACCGCUGCUAAAUUUAAAAUUGAUUUGUCCAUUUCCGAACGCUUUGAACAAACGGAAUGUAAACGGAGCAUUGCCCGUUGCUCAAACGUGCUCUAAAAAUUAUCACACUGCAACUUAUGCUUCUGAUCAUCGAAAAUAUGCGGCUAAAAAAACACCUAGCGCGUCCGCGCAAUUCACGAAUUUAGAUUUGACGACCAAAAGUGUUGACAACAAAAAUCAACCGAAUUUCAGAGAGCUCAUCAAACGAGAAUACGCCCAUAGGUAUCUGCGAUCAAACGAUGAUUUUGUGGUGGUAGGCAAUAAACGUGCUCAAAACGAGAAUAUUAAACACCAUUUUCUAAAAUAUAACGAAGAUGAAAAUACCAGUUCCUGUGCCACAGUUGAAGAACCAGCCAAUGUAUUCUCCAUUGUAGAUGCCGAGCCGAAUACCGAAUACACAUACAUCCGCAGUGACAGACCUGCACCAGUGUCAGCUGUUACUUCUUCUGCAAGUACAUCAAAAAACCAAACCGAGGCUUUUAAUAAUGAUUUAUCAUCAUCGUCAUCGUCCCUAUCAACCUCUAAUGUGCCGUCGACGGAGUAUCCUAACUGUAUGCCCGGUUAUCUGGAGGUGUGCUUAUACAUCACAGUAUAUAUUUAUCAAUUAUUUAGUGUAAACGCGUAUAGCACUUUUAUAGCGUUGAUCUUUCUCAUAGCUUUACAUCUGUGUAGACGCCUUUCAUGAAGUUAUAAUACGCUCUUGUACCUAAAUUGUUGUUGAAUUAAUAUUUAAGCUUUUUGUCGCUUUUUUUUUAUUAUUUAUUUAUUUACUACCAUUAUUAUUAUUAUUAUUAUUUAUUAUACCUAUAUAUAGGUGUUUAGAAGUAAACCAAAUAUUUUUGUGUACGGUACGUUUAGUCAGUUUCAUAAUAUAAUAACGCAAUGUACACGCUCAGAGAAAAUAAAAACUGCACAACGCAUAUUAAAUAUUAUUAUUA